CAACCUCACUGCCCAAACCCUCGAAUCACUUUUUCCGCAGGCGCACAUCAGUGUCGCCAGGUAGAUUCAUGCAACAAUUGCUCGCUCUGGCCUAGACUGAUACUCAAUUCCGCAAUUGAGCAACCUUCUCCAUGUACAUUGUCCCUGAUCGCCAAUCCCCAGUAGCGACACACCUGGCACAUAGUUAAUCCCUUCAAUACGGAACUGUCGAUUCAAAGCACGGGAUCACACAUGAAGAAAGGCGACCUUGACAUCGGGAAGCAAACCGGCCCAUACGAUACGGAGAAAGUUCGCCAACGAGUUUGCAAAUGGCAGGCUGACAGCGCCGGAGUCGCGCUUGCAAAAGAUGAUGACAAUGUGAUUACGGUCGAGUACGACAACGAAUCCGAGGCAAUCAAGCCAGCCAAAAGGACGAGUAAGCCCCCACAGGAUAAGCCUCGGACGGACUCAGACAAGAGAGGCCGACAGUCGUCUCCAACCAAAUCACCUUUGACGCCCCGAGAGCUGGACGCAGAGCGACAAGCUUGGAUCCGAAAGAAGAGUACCCCUCGGAACGACCUGGAUUCGGAUAUUAAACAUGCUGGCGCGCCAAUAAAGCGUGUGGUCAGUGAUGCUCACUGGCGCAAAGACCGCUCACCUACCAAAACACCACAUGCCACGCCCAAGUCGGACCCCAAAUCAUAUACCAUCAAGAGAACUACCGUGUACAAGACUGAUGAGCCUUCUCCGAAGUUAAAGAAGGACGACGAUGGCAUCAGAGUUAGGCCCAUGAGACCAGAUGACGACGGUAUCCGAGUGACACCUAUGAAAGAAACCCCCAGCACACGUCCCAAGGAACGCACACCCAAAAGCGACAGUGAUCGACCCAACAGCUCAGGCGGCUCGAAACAGCGUACAUCACGACAUGAACUCGACCAGAUCAUCAAAGAUGAGCCAAGAAAAGACAAAGACAGAAGGAGUGCUCGCGAAGUAAGCCGCGACAAUUCGGACCGUCGACGCAGGUUACGUCGCCGCCAUGGUUCGCCCACGGCUUCUGAAGCAGAGACGGACAACAGGUCCAUUGCGCAGACUUUAGACCCGGAUGACAGUAUCAGCACUCGAAAUGCUCGAACUCGAAAGCAACCACGAGUGGCAUCUACUGUUCCACAAACGCUUGAUCCGAAAGACGUCUCAGUCGAUAAUCCAAAAGCGGAAAACUUUGUUGGACAGUCUCAUUCCAACGCAGCACCCGCGACAGUGCCAGUCUUUGGGAACAGGAUCGAAGCAUGGCUUGGUGGUACCCCUGAUCCGUUCAUUUCGGACAACUCUGUGCAACACAAGGACGAUGAUAGAGUUACUGCAGCACCACGACGCCGGUCGGAAAAGAGAUCGAGCAAAGAGGACCUAUCCAAGCGGAAGGACUCCGCUGCUCCAGGUGUUCAUAACAACGACAGAGAAGCUACUGGUCGAAUCGCAUCUCGAAGCCCUUCCGAACAAGUUCUUGGACCGAAGGAGACUCUUGGUACCAUAUCUGAGUCUACACCCUCAAGCUUUUGCAGUGAGGAUUUGUCUUAUGCUACAUCUUCAGUACCUAUCAACACCUUGCCUCCAGACGUUCAUAUGAGCAAACACGCGCCAGGUGCAAAUCUUCGGCGCCGAUUCCCCACGACUGGGAAACGACUGUCCACCAUCGCUUCAGCGGAGACGUUGCAAGAGACUGCAACCCUAUCAGAGGUUUCCGAGCAAGAUACAAUCGUGCCGGAGCAUCCCGGAUCCAUGAGAAGCACCAGUGGGCUCAAGCGUAGAUUGACUCGCCAUGAUGACCUCAUGUCUGUUCUAUCACUGCCCAUGGGUGAUGCUAAGAGCAUUGUCUCAGCUCGUAGUAUUAGAACCAACCGGACGAGACUCGAGAAGGCAACGCUUCAAGAUCUCUGGAACGAAUUUACCGCAGAUGAGGUCAAAUAUCAGCGGGAACUUCGCACCUUGGUGGAUGGAGUUAUUCCUGUCCUUCUGUCAUGCGUCCUUUCCAAGUCAGACUCAGCAGUUGCUGCUGGUCUAUUCGGUCGUUCCGCUACAGAUGACGCGACUAUCACGAAGCCUAUCGUAGAUAUGGGCGUUGCUCUUGAACGUUUAAAAGCGCACCAUCGUCGAGUUCCGAAGAGUGAUAACAGUGCGCUUUUGUCAUGGGCUCAAGGAGCUACUCGCAUUUACUCAGACUAUCUAAAGGCGUGGAGGAUGGGAUUCCAGGAUGUCGUGGUCAAUCUUGCACCUGCUGACACUAACUCUAGUAGUCGGUGGGACGACGGGCUGCUAAGGAACGGCGAUGGCGACUUAAUCAAUGGCGAUGGCGAGAGAGUGGAUGUUGCGUUUUUACUCAAGAGGCCCCUUGUACGUCUCAAGUACCUCGCCAAAACGUUCAAGGGCAUCAACUUCCUUGCCCCAUCCUCUUUGGCGAGUACAAUGUCCGACAAGUACCAAGAGCUGGUGACAGAGGCCCGCCGGAGAUCCAACGAGGAACGGGCUCGUCUAGAAGAUGAGGCGGCAGCGGGCAUCGAUCCCACUCGCGCCAGAGAUCCACAGAGUCUCGCCCUACUCAAAGGUGUGAGCAUCGAUGCCACUCGAUGUGUCCAUGCAAGAGACUACUUCGACUUGAAUAUCAUCCACUCCAGCGGUCAGCAGUUGGAUUGCAGGAUUGAGAUUGUGAUACGCGAUGACUCUCCAGGUCGAGGAAACGGUGGAGAUGUCCUCAUCUGCGAAGUCUCAGACACAGGCCGCUGGCUGCUCUUCCCUCCUUUGAGCAGAAAUACUGUUUCUGCAAGAGCUGGUACUGGUCCCGGAGAUAUAGUCAUGAUGAUUCGGGGACGGAACUCUAACGGUCAGGACUGGCAUGAACUCUUGUCCUUACACGCCGGUGAUGAGUCCACAGGGCCUGAGUGGGUGGAUAUGCUUGGGCUCAGCCCUGUUCCUCCAUCUCUGGCAAGGCAAUCUAGCUUCCUUGCUAAUCUUCAGAAACCUUUGAGCUACCAAUCACAAGGGGCUAUAUCACCUGUUGCGAGCCCUGCGCGUCGAAGUGGUGAUUGGACCAAAGAAAUCGAGAUACCGAUCGGCGAAAGACCGGUUUCAUCAAGGAGCUGGGUUUCUGACCACGGUGUGAAGGACGCAGCCACGGCCGCCUCCGAUUAUGGCAGAGCGUCUGAUCCGUCCAUGCCAGACAGCAGACCACAACAUGAAUCUGUCCCCUCAAGCCCCAGAGAGGUUCAAAGGGCCUCUGCCCUGCCUAGCUCACAGCUUCGAGAGUCGAUAUCCGUUGUCAGUGAUGUGUGUUCGGCAGAUGUCUCUGGCCUGCGAAGAUCAAAAGCAACACGCCACAGAUCGUCUCCGCCUAUGUCACCCAGCUCAUCUCGGUCUUUGUUACAUUUCCCUCUUGAGAAAGAGACCCGAGUUAAUCCAGAGCGACCUAUUCAUCAGACGUCGAGGUCCAAUACUGGGACCACUUUGAGCUCGUUCUCGAGCCAAUCCACUCUUUCGCAGUCCAAAAACGAGUACAGCGUUUGGAUGCCUUCGUCAACGAUCUCAUCUGACGAAUCUGAGAAAGAGGACGAUUAUAUGGCCUCGACAAGUCAGAUACGGCCACAGCUCCAUCGCAGAGUAUCGUCAGUACCGACAUUUGAUCCCCCUCGUACUUCAAGGCGCCAAACAAGCGAGCCAAACUCACCAAUUCAGCCUCCUGAAUUGUUUGGCAGUACAGAUCAAGUGCAGGCUGCACAUAUGAGGGAGCCUUCUUCGGCACCUUCUAAAUUGCAAAAACGCCGACCAAGCGUUAAAGGCGUCAGCUUUGAUGACAUACUGGGUGAUGUUUCUAGCAAGGAUAAGGACUUGCCACCUCCGAAGCCGAAACGAUUCUCCAUUCCCUCUUUUACGCCCCACUUUCUGAAGAGACAUCGUAGAUCAUCUUCCCCUCUCAAACAUGAGUACGAACCGUCGAUUACAACCCCGUCGUCAACUGAGAGUGAUUCGUCUUAUCCCGAGGACGAAGACGACGAUGAGUCUAUCACGUCUGAUUCAUCCGAAGAUGCUUUGGAAGGUACAAAGGACGCUGUGUCGCCCAAUUUGCCUUUCAUUGAGAAGACAGCGAAAGCGACACCGCCAGAAUCACUUGCAUCGUUGCCAACAGCUACACUUGGUCCAUCCAAUUCUGCCUCCCAAGCACCCUAUCGAACCGUUCCCCAUCAGGCGACAAAUGCCUCAAAAACUGUUGCGUCAAUCUUCUCGUGGUCUGAUCGCGGUGCAUGGGAGGUAUUGCACCCCGAUGAGUGUGUUAUCGUUGUCACUCCAGGACUGAUUGAAGCUUUUGACAUGAACGACGCCGUUCCAACUGGAUUAGUUGGAAGUGAUCUGACAAGCCCCUCAGGCAGGGGCGUCCAACCCCUGAUAGCGUUUGAGGUCACGCCUUUGGUCCCUUUGCGUCGCGGGACAGCGCUUGACAUCUCGAUAAGAUCACCUCCCACACCCAGCUCUUUGAUACGCGCAAGCAAUAAUGUCAUGUUUCGUUCUCGCAGCGCUGAAGAAUGCGAUGUGCUGUACUCAUUUAUCAACAUGGCUCGAAUUAACAACCCUACAUAUAUUGCUCUUCAGAACGCACGCGGACCCGUCACUGAAAGUACAUGGUCUGCCGCGAUGGAUCAGCGUAACGACCAGCGCGCUUCGAAUGGCUCAUGGUUCCACAAUCCUCUACGAAGAAGCAACACGUACCGCUCCAAGGCAUCUCGAGCACCAUCUGCAAUAACAGAUUCUUCUGUCGGUACCAUGAAUACUGCCUUUUCUGCUCUGCGUAGAUUUAACGGCAACAGCCGACUUUUCAACAUUGCUAAGAGCACGAUCACAUCUCGACAGGGUAGUCGGAGUGGUACAAGCGAGUCACUCUCUUCUGGAGCAUCAACUCCGCUUGUCUAUGAUCCGUCGCAAGGGACUCCACUUGGUAUCACAAAUGCAAAGAUCCGACUUUACAUACGUGAAUCACAGAACAAAUGGAGAGACAUGGGUUCAGCACGGCUGUCAAUUCUACUUCCUCCAAGGCCACCCCCUGGGCAGCCAGUAAGUCCACGAACAGUAGGCCUUGAAAAACGCAUUCUGGUCAGUGGCAAAACUAGAGGUGAGACACUGUUGGAUGUAACUCUGGGCGAGAGUUGUUUUGAGAGGGUCGCCAGGACCGGUAUCGCAGUCAGCGUGUGGGAAGACAGAGUCGGACCAGGAAACACUGGUGGAGUCCUUGCCUCAAAAGCAAACACCUACAUGGUUCAACACAAGACUGAACGCGAAUGUGCAUAUACCUUCGGCCUUGUCGGCAAGCUCAGGUAUUGAAAGACAAGAUACGCCAUUCUCGCGCUUCGGAUUCCUCCUUAUAUUUUUCACUCGUAAUUUCUUCUCUUCCUUCUCCCCCCGUAUGCUAAGCUUUGUCACGCGUACAACUAUACAACAGCACAAUUUCAGCGUUGUUAGGGGUAGCCUCCCCUGAGAGCGUGGUAGUUAGCGGCUCUCUGCGGACGUUUAUACCGAUCUGAAAAACAUUGUGCAUUUUUACAUGCCAGACGACUCCAGGCGUGGCCGCAGGAGAUGGCUGGAAGUGACAGAUUUUAGCAUAAGGGGAGGCUGGAUGCUGCUUGAUGCAACGAUACUUUCAUUGGCGAUUAGUGUUUAAUGUUUUCACCUUGAUAUCCCCAUAACGC